GCAUGAAGCAGGUUCUCACGCCACCCAGGGUAGUGCUGGUGGGAGGGGCCUGUGAGUCGUGUACUCGUACGGCCAGUGCUCCGCUAAGCCUGGUUGCCCUGUACUGUAUCCCUUUUGCACGGCAGGCCAGCGGGAGGGGUUCUUUUUUGUCGCAUCCCUGCUUUGGAUCGUUAUGCCAGGCGACCGAGUAUAAUUUCCUCCCCGCCAUUUGAGCACCUCCUUUCAAGUUCGCAUCUGUAGAGCACGGGUAAGACCGGCUCUAAGCAGGAGGUGGUGGUGACUUAGGGUUGUCGAGUGUGCGUGUUGUUGCUUGCCUCUCGGCUGGUCACAGACAGCGACAGGUAUGGCGCCGAAGAAGGACGCGAAGGCCGCCGCCGCCAAGCCGGCCAAGAGUACUGGCGGUGGAAAGCAGAAGAAGAAGAAGUGGAGCAAGGGAAAGCAGAAGGAAAAGGUCAACAACAUGGUCCUCUUCGACCAGGCUACGUAUGACAAGCUGCUCUCCGAAGUGCCGAAGUACAAGCUCAUCACGCCUUCCGUGCUCUCCGAUCGUCUGAGGAUCACCGGCAGUCUCGCCAGGAACGCGAUCAAGGAGCUCAUGGCACGUGGCGUUAUUCGGUUGGUGAGCGCUCAUGCCAAUCAGCAGAUUUACACGAGGGCUACGAACACAUAAGCGGGCAUUUGUAUGCAGUAGGUGCGUUGCGAGGGGCCAUUGGAGGGAAGGGGGUUGGGAAUGGGUCCAAGACAAGGGCAGUCCUAGUACCUGCAGGAGCUUUGGGCUGCACGUUUCGGCAGAAAUAGGGUUUCUGCAAUCGUCAUGCCACACUUUGUGAUGAUGCGGCGGUGCAAUGUCAUCCAUAAACACGCCGCAGCUUGUUCGCGCGGAAUUUUGGUUGGUGCCUGAAGAGGGUUUGUGUUGUUGAUCAUUUGAGUAAAUUCUUUUUCGAGAAGUGAUGGAAGUAUUUUGAGGGGAUGGGAAUUGAAAUGUGUCGGCCCGACUUUGACUCCCCUACCUCCGUGUGUUUGCAGUUCCAUGGAUUGCCGAGAUUGCUAUGUUCCCGAAAUCUCUUAUGGCAACUCUUCCUGCCCUAAUUUUCACUGUAUGUCCUUUUUUUUUUUUGUUCAUUUUAUGUCCCCUAGUCCUUUUUUCUCUCCUACCACUCCUGCCCUUUCUCGUAGGUUCGUCUCCAGUCUCCUUUUCUCCCCGUUCUCUUUCUCUCCACCUUCUCAUUCUCCCCCUCUUCUCUCCCGCCUUUUGGCGGUCCUCCUUUCCUAACUAGCUACUCUUCUUCGUACGAUGUUUUCCUCCUUUCCCUCCUCCCUCCUCCCUCCUCGCUUUCCUCUCGUCGUUUUACCCUCCUCGCUCCCUUUCUCUCCUCCCUCCGUUUCUCACAGUAACUUGUCCCCACUUUGUGAUCUCUUCCCCUCUAUGCUUACAUUUUCUUUUUUUUUGGCCUCUUCUUUCCUGUUGCGCAUUCUUUCCUCUGGCCCAUCUUCUCUCCCCGUUUCCUUCUCUCCUCUUUUCCCUCCAUUCUCUCCUCCCCCCUCUCCUCUUGGACCUCCUGUUCUCUCCACAUCUUCACCUACUUCCCUACGUCCCUCCUUACCUCCUCCCCACUUCUCCCCAUUUCACUCCCCGGUCCUCCCUUUCCUCCCCUCCUCUCGUCCCCCCUUCUCUUCCCCCGUGUUUCCGUUCUUUAAUCUACGAAGUCUACUCCUUGUCCCCUCCUGCUCUGUUCUCUCCCCUCUCCCCUUCCCUCUCCUCUGUUUCAAGAGACCUGACCAAGGUUGUGUCAACCAGCAACCCUACCCGUUUUGUACUCCAGUGAUUGGCCCUUUUUCUCUUGAGCCUUUCGCUCUCCUCCUUUUUCUCCUUCUCUUCACGUCGCGUCGUUGCCUGGCGUCAUCUGUUCCUGUGCCCGUCUCUCCUCUCCCGUCAUCUGACGCUUUGCUUCCUGUCCUUUUCUCCCCGACUUUUCUCCGUUCCGUGCUCCGCAACUCUUAAUUCUCCUCUUUGUAACCCAUUCUCCUUUUCCUUCCCUUCCCUCCCUUUUUUUAACAGGUAACUCCUGUUGUUUCCCAUUUUCUCUACUGCCCUAUCUCUCAAUUCUUGUCCGUCUGCUCCGUGUCUGCUUCUUACCCCCCUUUUUUGCUAUCGGUGUGCCUGGUAUGUGAUUGCCCCCGGAUCCGAAAUUUGUUUUCUAUUGCGGCAGCAAUGUUCGUAUGUGCAGUGUGCCAUCCAAGUCGUCUUUGUGGUGCUUAGAGUCUGAGAGAAGUAUCUUGUUCACCACCUAUAUCUUGAAUUUUACUCUGGGAUCUGAUCAUGACUUCUGUCGUUGAAAUGGAUGAUUUACUAUUGCUACAUGCAUGCUUAUACUUCUCGUUCUCAUGCAUGCUCAUACUGCCCGUUCUCAUGCAUGCUCAGACUUCCUGUUCUCUGCCGUGGGAUCGGCCAUGGAAUGUGAACGUUGAGUUGGUCUCCGGCUGCCCUGUAUUUAUGGGUAAAAAGCUGUUCUUCGUCUUCUGGUGGUGGUAUUUUACUGUCGUACUUUGCCGAAGUUUUGUGUCUUCGCCCGUAUCACUCGUUUUAAGUCUGUACGUAGACUGGAGGUUGCCCCAAGUACAACUAUUACAACCC